GCUGCUGCUCUCUGCUGGUCUAGCUUUUCCGAUACAUGCAUCCCCUCUCUGAAUACUCGCUUCCUCCUACAGCGCUGCCUACUAGCUACCAGUCUUCUGAGCGCGUCCUCUCAGUCUCGUCUCCCCCCUCCGAGUGUGGCGACGCCAUCCAUGACAGAGACAAAUUUCUGGGAUGCCCACGCUGUGUUAUCUGUGGAGAGCAAUCUUCGGCUAUUCUAAUCGUUAAGGAGUCUCAGGAAGACUUCUGGUCUGAACUCAAACGUCGCAACUGGAUCCCUUCGAAUGCCAAGCAGAAUCUCGCACACGACCCGCGCAACGGCCUCGUGCUGUGUUCAAACCAUUCCAUUAUGUUCGACGUCAACCGCUUUUUCAUUCGGUUUAUCCCCAACAGCAAGAACAACGGACAACGCGGACAACCCCGACCUGGUACUUUACCACGGCAAGGCGCUCGCGCUCGACCACGCACAUCCACACGCGCCGUUCCCGGCGCUCUUCCUCCUCCACGAGAUGCGUGUGCGCGAGUACAACCCUGUCAAUGCUGCCGCGUUGGACAUACCGGACAACAUCCCCUGGCAGGACUGGCUCGCCGAAUAUGGCGCCCUGCGGUCGGGCGAAGGGGAGGAACUCUUCAACCGCGAUUUUCCCCCGCCUCGAUCGACAGGCACACGGACGACGAGGGGCCGGCCCAUGAAGAAGUUGCCAUUUCCAGCCGGGGAUACGCUAGCAGAAAUCGUGGCGGCGACGUGCGCGAUGUAGUCGUGUCGCGCGUGUCAGCAGGAGGGCCUGAGCUGGGACGGCACGGCGGAGGAGAAUACA